UCACUCAUCUAGAAAAGCUCGACACCUAUCAACGCCCACACCUCCAAGCCUCGCACUACUAUCGCGUCGCUCGUUAAUCCUGCUGCAAUGGAAGUGAACAGCGGAAAACGAAAGCGAGAAGAUGAACAGCUCCCGAGUGUUACUUAUCUCGUUGGAGAUAGGUCUUUUGAUAGACUUUUCAAGGAACAAUCUCUCGAAGAAAUACAAACUGUAGUACGGCGAAAACUGCAGCUACCGUCAAACUCGACGGUAAAGCUAAAGCAGCUGCGUGGCGACAAGGUUAUUGAUUUGGAUGACGAUGAUGAUUUCGAUGCGUUCUCCGCGCGGGCAAGAUUGAUGAAGUUGGUAGAUGUGGCAGUGGAGAUCUCAGCCCCUCCUGCACAGGGGGACACAUCUUCCGACAGCACGGUGGUCGUGUCAAAAUCUUCUGAGACGGUCGUAGCGAAGAAGAAACGUAAAGCCAAUAGUGACCAGCCUCCUAAGGAUGGCAACACGACUGUGGCACCCGAACCAAAGACUAAGAAACGGAAGACAGAUCAACCCCCGGUGACUAAGCAUAUGGAGACUGCGCCAACUUCUAUGGAACCUGCGCCAGUCAGUGAUCCAGCAGAAUUGUCACUGAAGCCCUCUGCGAAGUCCGAAGUCUUGAUAAGCACCAAAGCGCCUCUCCCCACUGAUGGAGAACCGCCGAAGAAGAAACCAAAAAAUGCGAAGGCUGGUACGGCCAAGGAUGCUGCAGAGAAGCCACCAAGAAAGACAAAGAAAACGAAGGAGACCGAAAAGCCCACGGAGAUCUCGAGCCUGCCAAUAUCAGGUGAUGAUGCAGUCCCGGCUUCUGGUCCCUCAGCACCGCCAAAGAAAUCAUCAGGAACGAAGAAGAUUGCCACAAAAUCGUCGGCUCUUCAGUCUGCUGGGGUCGAGAAAUAUGCGAACGGUGCAGUCGACAGCGCAGCUGACUCUGAAAAAAAGAAGAAGGGCAAGGUGAAGGGUAAAGAAGUUGAAAGUGAACCAGCUCCUGAGACACCCGGUUCGUCUUCGAGAGUCGUCAGAAGUUCCUUGUCAUCAAUGAUUUUAUCAUAGCUCCGACAAAAGGCCGCAAGAAAGCUGCAAUCGCGGGAGCUUCAGAAGCUCCAGCUCCGAAAGAAAGUGCGUGGUAUCAUACAUUGAUCCCGCGCUUUCUAAUGUUCUACAGAGAAGACUAAGCAAAGCAAAGCAACAAAAGCCAAGGCUUCUGAUGCAGAUGAUCAAUAGCUGGCCCAAUUGUCAAUCCAAU